AGCUGUCUGUCUGUUCAUGACCUGUCCACCGGUGCCAAAGUGGCUGAUUUGGAUCUGCCUCUUGGCAGUGUUUCCGGUCUGACCGGACGCAAACGGGACAGUCUGGCCUUUGUCCAAUUCACCUCGUUCCUAACCCCGGGUACCGUAUUCAAAUGUGAUCUGACUGAACAACCGCCAAAACUUGAGGUUUGUGAGUAUGGUCGGGGGUGGGUGUCUUACGUUGUGGUUAGUCAGCCUCCUUGUGCACCUUGCGUAAUGCACGCAAUGUACGAGGAAGCCUCUCAGACAAUCUGUCUCGGUCGUGGAAGUCCAACCCAGCGAAUUGACUUGACGUUGUUUCCCCAUCAAGAUGCGUUCGCAUCCGGAUCGUCCCAUACAAUUCAGGUAUUUCGCGAGGCAAAAUUGAACGAUGUGGACUUGUCCGGUUUCACUGUGAGACAGGUUUUCUAUGAGAGUAAGGACAAAACACGAAUCCCGAUGUUUAUCGUGGGCCCGAAAGAACUCAAAUUGGACGGGACCUAUCCAUGCCAACUCUAUGGUUACGGUGGAUUUGAUAUCGCCAUUACUCCAUCAUUCAGCGUUAGUCGUUUGCUUCUACUGAUGAAUUUCGGCGGGAUCGUUGCAAUCGCUAAUAUUCGCGGUGGUGGUGAAUACGGCAAACGCUGGCACGAUGCCGGUCGGCGGAAACUGAAACAGAAUUGUUUCGAUGACUUCCAGGCUGCAGCGGAAUACCUAAUAGCCGGGCAAUAUACUUGCCGUGAUAAACUGUACAUCGUAGGUGGUAGCAACGGAGGUCUGUUGGUCUGCACCUGUUGCAAUCAACGACCAGAUUUGUUUGGUGCAGCCAUUGCACAAGUGCCAGUGUGCGAUCUGCUUCGGUUUCAUAAAUUCACUAUCGGACACGCCUGGGUCAGUGAUUAUGGCGAUCCGGAUACGGAAGAGGACUUCCGAGUUCUACUCAAAUAUUCCCCGCUUCACAAUGUCCGUGUUCCCAACGAUCCAAAAACACGAUACCCAGCUCUGAUGAUCCUCACGGCUGAUCACGAUGAUCGCGUGGUACCGUUGCACGCUUUCAAGUUCAUUUCUACAUUGCAAGCCUCUAUGGGCGAGCGGAAUAAUCCGAACGAUCGACCACUUCUGGCCCGGAUCGAAACAAAGGCCGGCCACGGAGCAGGAAAGCCAACAUCGAAAAUGGUGAGAACAUGUGUUUGUGUUUCUCAUCGAUUAGCGUUUGACAAAGAUAUCCGGGACAAGCUGAUAGUUAAACAGAUUCAUUGGUAA